UUCGGGCGGGACUUGGGUUGCUCGGUUAGUCUCACCCCCCUAUUCCUCUCAUCAUUCACUCAUCAUCUUUCUGCUUCCAAAACUUGACAGCCCUCUCCUUUACGAUCGAAGCUGCGAGCUCGCCGACGGUCAGACAGCCCUCACCACCGAUUUCUCUCACCGUCGAACGUUAGUUGUGUCCUCAAGUACACAAAAGCAAACAAACGGUACUCAAUUCCGUACCUGCCGGGGCUGACUUGGUGCACUUUCUGUAUGUUGUUUUGUUGCUGAGAAAUAUUUGGAGUAGACAACUUUCAAGUAUUUUGUUUCUCAAAUUUAAAGCAUUGGGACACAGUUGUUUGUACUAAGGAGGUUCAAAAGAUGCGAAUUCUGCAGCAUAUUAUUUCCAAAAUAUCUGCUACUCCAAGCACUAAUACAGUGAGAAAUGUGACGAAAGGAUUGGAUCUGAAGGUUUUGCCAAGUGCUCGAGUCUUUUCAAGUAAGUCGGGCAGUGGUGGAGAUGAAGAAGGUGAAUGGUGGAAAAAACUUGAUGGAACUACUAGUUCUGAUGAUUUGGGUUGGGAUGUUGCAUCAUCUUGGUCUACGGGUCUGACCAAGGAGCAUUUUGACGGAGAGGUGGUUGGCCACCAGGUUACUUCAUCUGGUCCUGGUCCUGGUCCUGGAGAUAAUACCGCAUCUCAGUUUGCUUCCUCCAGAUGGACUUCUGAGGAGAUGGAUAAGUUGAAGGAAUUGGAGGAAGAGAACCGCAAAAGCAAGGAGUUUGUUGAUGGAUGGCAAGACAGGAUGCAGGAUAUGAGCGUAUUGUUGAAGCAGGUGCGAGAGCCUGGAGCAAGAGGCAUGUAUUUGAAGGACUCUGAGAAGGCUGAGAUGUACAAGCUUCACAAGGAAAACCCAGAAGUAUAUACGGUUGAGAAGUUGGCAAAGGAUUAUAGGAUUAUGAGGCAGAGGGUGCAUGCGAUUUUGUGGCUGAAAGAACUUGAAGAAGAAGAGGAGAAAAAGCUUGGACACCCUCUGGAUGACUCUGUGGAGCUGUUGCUGGACACUUGCCCCGAAUUUUUUAAUUCCCAUGACAGGGAAUUUCAUAUUGCCUCGCUGCCGUACAAACCAGACUUCAAGGUCAUGCCCGAGGGUUGGGAUGGCACCCCGCGUGACCGAGACGAGGUGCACUAUGAGAUCUCUAUGAAGGAAGAUGAGAUGUUAUAUCAGGAGUUUGUUCAAAAGAUGAACUUUAACAAAAUGAAGAUGGCAGGGAAAGUCAAAGUUCAUAAAUAUAGCAGGAGGCGCCCUUCUGAUGGAUGGAAUUUCAUGGUUGAGAAACUGGGGCCUCGUGGUAAGCGUGGAGCCGGCGGCGGAUGGAAAUUCAUAAGUGUGCCAGAUGGAUCUAGUCGGCCCCUGAAUGAGAUGGAGAAGAUGUAUGUGAAGAGAGAGACUCCUCGACGUCGGCGCAAGAUUCUCCCAUGAUGCUCUGAGGAGGGAAGGGCAGCUUGUUUUGAUUAUCACAGGUCCUCAAAGAUCUUGUCAAUCUGGUGAUGUUCAUUUCAUGGUUCGAAUUAUUAGGCACCACUCUGAUCUACAUACCCUUGGUUCUCUCUUAUUAUUAGAAUUAAUGCUGUUGCACCUGCACACAUACAUUAGAUGCACGAGUCAAUCUUUAAUUCAUACACACUUUUUUUUUUUUUAUCAGAACCAAAUGAGACAAUGUGUCAACUGAUACUUUAACCAUUAAUGUCAGUAAAGCAAUUUUUGGAUGGAAAA